AAUUUUGGUUUGCUAGGAGUCCAUUAUCAACUCUUAUUUCUUCUUUCUUUUCCUUUUGGCGGGAGUUUUGUUUAUCUUUUAUCUUCUCUGCUCUUUCGAUCGACCUCGCUCCACUUCUCUCUUCCGGUUUGCGUACCUGUAAUUGAGCUCAAGAAUCUCUCGGUUAUGGAGGACCAAGCUCCAACAAUUGAUACAUCAGCCAGGCACUUCGACAUUUCUGAGUACCAGAAAAGAAGUAGGGUUCAAAUUCAAGAGACUGAGGACGAACGGGAAAAGGGGAACAAUGGUGCUGGUGGGGAAAACAAUGAGAGGGUUAGCGAUGCGAGUAACCAGGCGUAUCGCGAGAGCUCGCCUGAUGACUUCGAAGAGAUUCGUCCCAAAACUAAGCGAAGUCGUCUUCAGGAAGGAACUUCCGAACCCACUGCUCAUAACUUAAUUGAGGUUAUCAAAGGCAAUGGAAAGCAUAUUAGCCAAACAGUCAAGCUGUGGGUCGAGCAAUAUGAAACGGAUUCAAAAUCUGCAAUGGUUGAACUCUUGACAAUGCUCUUUAAGGCAUGUGGUGCCAUAUAUACUAUAAAAGGCGAACUUCUAGAUGAGAUUGAUGUCGAUGAUGUUGUUGUUGCACUGGUCGAGCUUGGUAGACGAGGGGAAGUUGAAGAUUACCAAAGCUCAAAAAAGAAGGAGUUUAAGAAUUUCAAAGAUAAUCUUCAGUUAUUCUGGGACAGAUUGGUACGUGAGAGUCAACAUGGUCCUCUCUUUGAUCAGGUUCUAUUCGACAAGUGCAUGGACUAUAUAAUAGCAUUGUCAUGCACUCCUCCAAGAGUCUAUCGUCAAGUUGCUUCUAUUAUGGGACUUCAACUCGUCACAUCCUUCAUAGCUGUUGCUGAUGUCCUCAGUGCUCAACGUGAAACAACUCGUAGGCAGUUAGAUGCUGAAAAAAAGAAAAGAGCUGAGGGACCUCGUGUUGAGUCACUAAGCACAAGGUUUUCAAUGACUCAUGACAAGAUAACAAUGCUAGAGGAGAUGAUGCGCAAAAUCUUCACCGGGUUAUUUAUGCACCGUUAUCGAGACAUGGAUCCAAAUAUUCGAAUGUCUUGCAUAGAGUCUUUGGGUGUAUGGAUUUUGUCCUACCCCUCUCUGUUCUUGCAGGAUUUAUACUUAAAGUAUCUUGGUUGGACACUAAAUGACAAAAAUGCUGGUGUCAGAAAAGCUUCUGUCCUUUCAUUGCAAAAGCUGUACGAUGAGGAUGAUAAUGUGCCGACUCUAGGUCUAUUCACUGAAAGAUUUUCCAAUCGGAUGAUUGAGCUUGCUGAUGACAUUGACAAUACUGUAGCUGUAUGUGCAAUAGGCCUUGUAAAACAACUCUUAAGACAUCAACUUCUACCUGAUGAUGAUUUGGGUCCAUUAUACGACUUGCUUAUUGACGAGCCGCCAGAAAUCAGGCAUGCCAUCGGAGCAUUAGUGUAUGAUCACUUGAUUGCCCAAAAGUUUAAUAGCUCCCAAUCUGGUGAAGGAAGCAACUCUUCUGAGGUCCAUCUGGGCAGAAUGUUGCAGAUACUGAGAGAAUUCUCCACUGAUCAAAUUCUAAGCAAUUACGUGAUUGAUGAUGUUUGGGAGUACAUGAAGGCCAUGAAGGACUGGAAGUGUAUUAUAUCUAUGCUUUUGGAUGAAAAUCCUUUAGUUGAGCUUACUGAUGAGGAUGGAACCAACUUAGUGCGACUUCUUAGUGCAUCUGUCAAAAAGGCUGUUGGAGAGAGAAUAGUACCUGCAACUGAUACCCGCAAGCUGUAUUACAAUAAAGCUCAGAAAGAAAUAUUUGAACACAACAGAAGGGAUGUUACUGUUGCUAUGAUGAAGAACUACCCAUUGCUUUUACGCAAGUUCAUGGCUGACAAAUCGAAAAUACCAUCGCUAGUUGAAAUUAUUGUGCAUAUGAAUCUUGAGCUUUAUUCUCUGAAGAGGCAAGAACAGAAUUUUAAAAAUGUCCUCCAGCUCAUGAAAGAUGCAUUUUUCAAACAUGGUGAGAAGGAAGCAUUAAGAUCUUGUGUGAAGGCUAUUAACUUUUGUUCUACGGAGAGUCAAGGGGAGCUACAAGAUUUUGCUCGUUCUAAGUUGAAGGAAGUUGAAGAUGAGAUUGUUGCUAAGGUUAAAGCCGCAAUAAAAGAAGUUGCGGAUGGUGGUGACGAGUAUUCCCUUCUUGUAAAUUUGAAAAGGUUGUAUGAACUUCAGCUGUCAAGGGAUGUGCCAAUUGAGAGCUUAUAUGAAGAUAUAGUGAGGACUCUACAAAAAUUUAGAAACUUGGAUGAUGAGGUUGUCUGUUUUCUGCUUCUUAACAUGUAUAUUCAUUUGGCCUGGUGUCUAAAAUCGAUCAUAAGUAGUGAGGUGGUAUCAGAGGCAUCGUUGUCUUCCUUACUAUCUAAACGAACUACUUUGUUUAACAACCUGGAGUAUUUUCUUAACAGCCCUCAUACGGAGGGAGAAGUUAAUUAUGGUAACCUUCUAGCCAGCAGGGUUUGUACCAUACUUGCAGAAUUGUGGUUUAUGUUCAGAAAGACUAAUUUUUCCUCAACAAAGCUGGAAAGGUUAGGAUAUUGUCCAGAUGAGGCAAUUCUCCAAAAGUUUUGGAAACUUUGUGAGCAACAACUUAAUAUUUCAGAUGAGACAGAAGAUGAUGAUGUUAACAAGGAGUAUGUUGAGGACACAAACAGAUGCUGUGUUAUGAUCGCUGCUGCAAAGUUGGUUGCUAGUAAUUCGGUUUCCAAGGAGUAUCUUGGUCCAGAAAUAAUUUCUCAUUUUGUUAUGCAUGGGGCAAGUAUCAUGGAGAUUGUUAAGCAUCUCAUCACUGUUCUUAAAAAGAAGGAUGGUGAUAUUCCCAAAAUAUUUCUGGAAGCGUUGAAAAAGGCCUAUCUUCGCUAUAUGGUUGAGCUUUCCAGAAGCGAUAAGUAUUUUCGAGAUUGUGAAGAACUUGCUUCUCGUCUUUCCGGGACAUUUGUUGGUGCUGCUCGGAACAAACAUAGAUUAGACAUUUUGAAAAUUGUCAAGGAUGGCAUUGAACAUGCUUUUGUAGAUGCUCCAAAGCAACUUGGUUUUCUGGAAGCUUCUGUACUUCCCUUUGUAUCCAAACUUCCUACACCUGACAUCCUGGAGAUCAUGAGGGAUGUCCAAAAACGAACUGAGAAUGUAAAUACGGACGAAAAUCCCAGUGGUUGGCGCCCCUAUUUCACAUUUAUUGAUAAGUUACAUGAAAAGUAUGCAAAGCCUGAAGGCAUCCAAGAUGAAAAAGAAGGGACUUUUGCAAGGCGAAGGGGUCGUCCACGUAAACAGCAGAAUGUACAGGGGAAGAGACUUUUUGAUGAACAUAAUACAAGUGAAGAAGAGGACUCAAUCAGCAAUUCUGACCAUGAAAAUGUUCAAGAUGAAGACGAAGAGGAAAAUAUCCCCAUAAUAAAUUCUAUUAGGUCAUCCAAGUUGAGGUCAUUGAGAGCUUCAAAAGAGGCAAGCAAGAGCCAGACAAUGACAGGAGACUCAGCUAGAGCUAAAGUAUCCUCAAAUUAGAGUUAAAUUUCGCCCCACGUGUGUUUGAAGAACGAAGGGUCAAAGCGUAGUUUGUAGAUUGAGAACGUAAUGCAAGUGCGAUCUGUAUCCAAUUCCAUUUGUGGAUUUUAAAGGGGUUGAGUUGAGAUUGUUUGGCCUGGAUAGCAUGUAUAUAUGCAAGUUGACAAAUUGCUGCAUUCUUUUCUGCUCACAGAGGCUGGUGACUUGUUAUCUCAAGGGCCUAGCCCGGCUGUUCUAAUAUUACUAUUGUUUAAAGUUUGUCUUCUGGCGUGUAAUAACCUUUGAGAAGCAGAUAAUGUUAUACCACUGUCAACCCUUCUGUUAAAAUUGCUUCUAAUUUCAAACAUUCUCUACUAAUUUAAGGAUUGCCAAAUUGAACCCA